UUACAAAAAAUUGUACCUGUUCCUGUCAAUGUAUUUUUUUUAGUCUAUGCUCCAAAGGUUUAAUACUUACAUUGUAAGUACAAUUUGAAACCUUUUUACCUGAGGCCGUGUCUACUCACUACUGCGUCUGCGCGAAACAUUUCAUUGUUGUACUCUACAUAACCUAGUCGCGUCCUUUACAAUAAAUAAUCGUCCUAAACGCUUAUUAAAAUAAUAAAUUGGAACAUAACCCAAAGAAAAUGUGUGUGAUAUCUUAAAUUUAAUUUUUAAUUAAUAGUCUGUGAACAGUGAAUUCCAUUGUUAGAUGACAAAAACUAUGUCAGUGAAUAUUCCCAUAUUAAAUUCGCGCGAAAUUGUGACGUUUAAGUUUUAUACACUUUUAACAUAGAUUAAAAUGUGAAUGGAAAAUCGAUGUGAAAAAGUAUUUAUGUGAAGUAAAUAGUCGUGUUAGUAACCAGUGCGUGCAUAAAUAUCGAUUUCGCGAAAUGGCGCGCGUUUUGAAACUUCGUUCGUUGUGUUGUUAAAAUGUUAUUUCUGGUAUUUAACUUUUUGAGUGUAUGAAUAUGGAAGCUUGUGGUAUUAUGCAAGUGGUACAGUAUCAAGUGUCGACACCACAAUCGACAAUAGCAGCUGAUGUGGCACCGCAUUACGUCCCACCACCACCUUAUUUUGCAUCCGUAGGGUGCAAUGGCAACGAGACGUCAUGCAGACGGAAGAAGUACGCUUGGUGGUGUUGCGGCUGUGGUGCCUUGGCUGCCGCGUUGGGCGGUUUGCUUGCUGCCCAGCACAUAUUGCUACGGGCCUACACCGCUUCACCUCAUCACUUGGAAACUGUUCCCGCUGCUGUACCCGCUGCUAUGCUGGUCCUAACCGGUGUUUGUAUAAUGAGCUUAGCCAGGAGAAGAAACCGGUACAGCUAUAUGGUAAGAAAAAUUAAGGUGGUCGGAGCGUGUUGUCUGGUCUGUGCGUUGACUUGCGUUCUCGUUACAAUCACAACGACCGUCAUACAUAUGAACAAGCUUCAAACGCUGAAAUUUUGCGAAUACACGAAGCUGACCCGAACAUGCUCGUGUUUUUCAAUGCCACCCGACUCACAGCACAGUAGCGAUGAUGAUGGAGUUCGGUGCGUUUUCGAAGGCGUAACCGAUUGUGGAGUUGUCCACGGAGCCCUAUAUUGGUGUCUUCGAGGUGUUUUCGCCUUAUCUGUGACAGCAGUACUCGUCUGCAUAUUCAGUUGUAUGUUGGCUUAUCAGCUGCUUAGUCAUGAACGAAAGAAGAUGUAUUGGGAGCAGCUGGAACUCCGUUGCCGGUCUUUGUAUAGACCUCCAACAGGACAAGCUGCCCCCGCUACUGGGAGACCUGCACAGAACAACUGCAGUUGUUGUCCGCAGUGUCAUACAACUCAGCCUGCUUGGGACUUCAGUUUGCAACAUCGAUUUUGGGCGCCUGGUCGUAUAGGAAACUUGUAUUCGCCAAAUCCAGGCUCAGGAAGAAAGACAUCCCCGUGGAGCUGGUUCCCAUGGCCGAGGGGAAAUAGUCAAAAUUCUCGUUGCCGCAUGGAUGGCGUUCCACAGUCGGGUGACAGCGCGUACGGAUUCUGUGAAACGGAACAAGCUCAAAACCCGCCUCAAUCUUACGAAGAACGAGCUUAUCCCAACUUCAACCAACCCUUUCAACGGGGACAAACCUCUGGAACAUUCCCCCAGACGUCCCAGUUCGAAUCCGCCCAAUUCAGUCAGUCGGCUCAGUUCAGUCAGUCGGGACAAUUCGCUCAAAGUUCCCAGUUUCAACCGCAAAACUUUCAACCGGGGCAAAUCGGGUAUCAAGAAGGCUUCUCUGAUGGUAAUACCAGUUUUGAUGCCCAAACUGGAGUUUGGGGACCUCCCCCACCGUACAGCCCUCAAGGAAGGAGUGGCAGUCGACACCAUCUCCAUCACCAAGAUCCAGCGACAACGACCCUUCUCCAUCACCAUCACAUAGACGUACACAGAACCAUAAACCCACACGAACUCACAAACGUACAGCCGCACACGUGUACGAGAAGCUCUUAUCACAGCCAAGAACGAAUCAACCCGGAAUUAGUCAGAAUCAACCCCGACUUAGUCAGAAUCAACCCGGAAUUAGUCAGAGUGAAUCCGGAAUUAGUUAGAAUGCACCCGGAAUUGGCGAGACUGAAUCCGGAAUACAGACUAAAUCAAGAAUUGCAGAUGUAUCCUGAAGAAGGCCAGGAGAGGUUUAACACCUUGCGGGGUCAUUUGGUCCCAUACAGGAACUGUCCCCGGUCUUUGGGGCUCAGUGCUGGGAACAUACAUCGGGAUUGCAGGGAUGAUGUAAUGGAGUGUGUUCACCAGAAAAGCUGCAGUAAAGUUUCAGAUCAAAGCGGCGACUCUUGUCAGAAACAAGGCAAGGAAAAUUUGGCUUUUCAAAAUGAUAAACAAUCUCCAAUCAGGUCUUCCAUGCAAGACUGUCACCGUGGAGUGAAUCAGAACACGGAGUCUGAAGUUUAUUUUGCCGACGUGUCCAGUUGCUGUAACGCGGAUUGUUGUGUAAAUCCGAACUUAUCAGCUCUAGUUGGGACAAUAGAGAAUCACCCAGAAUCCACUUCGGAAUCAGACACCGGGUCAUUUACCUUAACAAGACAGCAGCGACCACAACCGCAAGUCGGUUCCAAACGUAGGCCAAGACAAACAGACAAGAAGUCAGAAAAGAUGCGUCCGGAUUUGAAUAGUUCCAUUCGUUUGACAGAACAACAGAUUGAACAACUGAAUAGUUCUAUGAGGAUGAGUGAUCGAAAUAUUGAGAGAAUUGAACGAAUCGAUUCUAGAGACAGAUUACACGAUAGGAGUGAGAGAAGUAACGAUUCCAGAAUUGAUAGGAGCGACCGAAUGAACGAUUCCAGAAUUGAUAGGAGUGACAGAAGUAACGAUUCCAGAAUUGAUAGGAGUGACCGAAUGAACGAUUCCAGAAUUGAUAGGAGCGACCGAAUGAACGAUUCCAGAAUUGAUAGAAGUGACAGAAUGAACGAUUCCAGAAUAGAUAGAUGUGACAGAAUUAACGAUUCCAGAUUGGAUAGAAGUGACCGAAUGAACGAUUCUAGAGCUGAGCGUUGCGAUAGGCACAACGAUUCCAGAAUUGAAAGAAUGAACGAUUCUAGAAUCGAUCGUUGUGAGAGAAUGAAUGAUUCCAGAAUAGACAGAAGUGAUAGACUGAACGAUUCAAGGAUUUCAAGGGUCGUCGAAAGAAUCGAUAUGGAUGUGAGUGAUUCGAGGGACAGACUGAACGAUUCUCGAGUCGAACGUAUCAGUGAAUCGUCGAGAAUUGACCGAAUGGAACGAACGAAUGACUCAAGAGACCGAACGAGCGACAUAUUGAACGAAUCGAGAGGGAGCCGAUUUGAAGACAGACGAAUGUCAGAUUUGAACUCCAGCAUCAGGGUCGAGGGAAGUCCAAAAAUGCGUCCGCACAUAAGCCCGUUAAAGAUUAAACGCAGUCCCAAAACUCAGAUAGAAAGAGAGUUUGCUCCAAUAAUCUCACCCUUGUCGCCAAACACAGACGAGUCGUUGUUGUCUGAUGAAGACGGACGUCCGGAGAUAGUUUAUUCAAACGAGCCGGAGGCAAAAUGCCUUGGUCCUGAUUCACAGUACGAGCCAGAGAACAUAAAUAAGGAAGAGUUGAAAACAAACCACCACCAUUGCUACAGCGACACAAAUACUAUGGAUUCGGGAUGGCAAAGUGGUUCCGAGAAACAAGUAACUGAUUAAAAGGAAAAACUUCGUUAGCGUGUUUCAUGGUAUGACGUCAUUGUACUGAUUGUAGGUGUCGCUACAGAUUACUCCUAAUUACAGAGACAUUUUAGACAGAUGCACAUAUACUUAUGCGCAUCUCGAGCUUGAGAGUACUCUAUGGGAGCGUGUACUCUAGAGUACCGCCUCCGCCUACUAUGAUUUGACAGUUCUUAUUAGUACAUUUUUUGAAAAUUACGAGGUUUAUGUAUUGAAUAAAAAAUAUUGUAUUAUUUAGAGUCUGUUUCACACUGUACGGAUAAGUUCUACAUUAGUUCCA